AUGGGCAAAAUAAAGCUGAAUUUCCGAUUAAGCUUUCUUAUACUGCUGCUUGCAUUUACAUAUGUGUCCUCAUUUGCAAAAUAUGUGUCUCCAACUGAUUCCGAUAUUAGAUCUGUUUACACAUAUUCAAUGCUUGUGCUGUCUAUGCUUUCAGUUCUAUAUCUCAUCCUCUCAAUCGCAUAUAGAGGACACGUGAUCUAUGACACACAAACAAUUAAGUUGAUAGAAGAGUGCCAGAACAAGAAGUUCUGCAAGAAAUGUAUAAACUACAGGCCAGAACGGGCACAUCAUUGCUCUUCAUGCGGUCACUGUAUUAAGAAAAUGGAUCAUCAUUGCUUCUGGAUAAAUAAUUGUGUGAACUACGAUAACCAAGGACACUUUAUCAGAUUCUUAUUGUUUUCUGCAUUAGCCAACUUUGUUGUUUUUCUUUCUGCAGCUGCAAAGUGUGUUCAGAUCCUUGUAUAUGGGAUCUCCUUGGAGUCAAAGAAAGAUUAUUACAUCCUGAUACUUUGUGGAAUGUCUUCUAUGGUUCUGACUGUAAUAACCAGUAUUUUCCUGUAUUUGCAGAUGAGGUUGGCUAUUCUGAACAUUACAUUUAUUGAAGAGCUUAAGCAGAAUGAUCUAAGUAGAUUUCAAGGCAUCAGUUCAUCCAAAUCUCCGUACGAUAGAGGAGUGCUUGGUAAUCUUAUGGAUGUAUUGGGACCUGUACGUACACUGUUCUUGAUAGGACCGUUUGAAAACGGAAUGAUAUUUCCCGAGACAUCACCCAGACAUCCAUCAUUUCAUGAGUACUAUGUAUAA